ACCAGAGUUAGCUACAAUACAUACAGGUUAGGCAUAUGUGCCCUCCUUUUGCUCCUUCAACGGGAACAUCAAAUCCAAGUCAUUGCUAUAGUUGAGUAGUCGAAAAUGACAACAGUAUCGGGCAAAACAUUUCAAGCCUCAAAUGUCGAGCCCCAAAUGAUCGAGGAAGCUGAAGCCUCUAAAAUAGAAGUUACAGAAAUUCGUUGGAUAAGCACGACCGGGGCGAAGCACCUCACCCCUGCUGGUUAAUAAAGGAAGUGAUGUCAUUGGGGAGGGAUAAACUACAUAAAUUGAGGCCAGCGUACCUCAGCUCUCGUGUAGCGUAGGUAAGACCGCAGGCUAUAUUUGUGGUACAUGUCACUACUACAUCCUCUGGAGUACUAGUUUGAGAAAGGCAUAUAUUGCUGAAUCUACCAUCUAAAGCAUUCUACUAUAGUUAAACACAAAAAAAACAGCGGAAUCCAAAUUGCUAGUUGAUGGAAUGCGACUUUUUGUUUUUUAAUCUUGUGGGUGUGGUCAGACUCACUAUUCAGAUUUUUCCCUUCAAAACCAGGAGGCGGAAUCUUGCCUCGGCCAGAGCGAGCUUUGUGAAACAGGUCCAGCUCGCUUUUAGGCAUUUCCCACAUCUUUUCCACGGUCAUCUCCAUUAUUACUCCAGUGCUGACUCCUGCCGACAAGCGAAGCAAGGCCAGCGCAUUCUUACCCAGCACCAGGUUCAUGAAAUGAAGACGUGGAACCCCCCAUUUCCUUACUUAGCUCACUUCAGAAACUUCCCCUGGUCUGUCAAAAACAGCCACGCGUUGGAAACAAAAGGUAUUGUGUCCCAGAGGUGCGGCGGCUCCUUGGAUUCUGGGGGCCAUGCUCGGAAAGCAGUUAUUGCCGCUAGCGAUAAGAUGAGAAACGAUGAUGAUGAUGGAGCCAAAGGCUGCAGUAGUCCCUGGAGCUGGGAUCGGGUGCUGUUAAUGGCCUCUGUAACGGCUCAUAUCUGGUCGAAUGUGAGAAUCGAGUGUUGAAGGGAUUUGGAAUUUUCAGGGGAGCCAAAUCUCUAUUAAUCUAGGUUCCUAGUUAUGUUGCAAG